ACAGCCCUUAGUUGGAGGUCUGGAGACCGUUGUGUGGGACUCCUGAGCGCUUGCAGCUUUUUGUUGGGUAGGUCAGGUCUAUCAGCAUUGAGAUAUCUUGAAAGAUGGCUCUGACUAAUCCCAUGCCACUGGGGCCAUGGAAGCUCACAGUUUAUGACCAGGAGAACUUCCAAGGCAAGCGCAUGGAGUUCACUGCAGCCUGUCAGAAUAUCAUGGAGUGCGGCAUGGAUAACGUGCGCUCUCUUAAGGUGGAGUGUGGCGCCUGGGCAGGUUAUGAACACUCCAGCUUCUGCGGGCAGCAGUUCAUCCUGGAGAGGGGCGAUUACCCUCGCUGGGAGUCCUGGAGUGGCAGCAAUGCCUAUCACAUUGAGAGACUCAUGUCCUUCCGGCCAAUCUGCUCUGCUAACCACAAGGAGUCAAAGAUCACGGUGUUUGAGCGGGAGAACUUCAUCGGACACCAGUGGGAGAUGACGGAUGAUUACCCAUCUCUUCAGGCCAUGGGCUGGCCUUCCAAUGAGAUCGGCUCCAUGCAGGUUCAGAGCGGGGCCUGGGUUUGUUACCAGUACCCCGGCUAUCGUGGCUACCAGUACAUCAUGGAGUGUGACCACCACGGCGGCGAGUACAAACACUACCGGGAGUGGGGUUCGCACGCUCAGACCUUCCAGGUGCAGUCCCUCCGCCGGGUUCAGCAGUGAGCGCCAAUCGGCCAGCUCCCUUCCUCCAUCCCCGACCUCCUCCUCCUCCUCCUCCAGCUCCUCCUCCACCUCCUCCUCACCUCCACCCCUUCAUCCCAACACCAGCAAGCCCAGCACAGGCUGAGCGUCUGCUGCUUUGCUUCUUUCUGCAUGCCAUCGGUCUGAAAGAGAAGAGUGAGAGGGUGAACUCCAGCAGAUUGAUCCUGUGAGCCCCCGCCGCAGUGCUUUGCUCCUCAUCGCUGUCAUGAUGCAGUCUGUGCAAAAGAGAUCAAUAAAGGGCACACACAUGAAAAACAGA